AUGCAUCAGCAGUGGUUGGUCCUCUCCUGGUUUUCCCUGGUUUUGCUGGCGUCUCCCCUCAUGGCCAUAUGGGAACUGGAGAAAGAUGUGUAUGUUGUAGAAUUGGAUUGGUACCCUGAUGCCCCUGGAGAAAUGGUGGUCCUCACCUGCAAUACCCCUGAAGAAGAAGGCAUCACCUGGACCUCGGCCCAGAGCAAUGAGGUCUUAGGCUCUGGCAAAACCUUGACCAUCCAAGUCAAAGAGUUUGGAGAUGCUGGCUGGUACACCUGUCACAAAGGAGGCGAGGUUCUGAGCCAUUCUCACCUGCUGCUUCACAAGAAGGAAGAUGGAAUUUGGUCCACUGACAUUUUAAAAGACCAGAAAGAAUCCAAAAAUAAGACCUUUCUAAAAUGUGAGGCAAAGAAUUAUUCCGGACGUUUCACAUGCUGGUGGCUGACAGCAAUCAGUACUGAUUUGAAAUUCAGUGUCAAAAGCAGCAGAGGUUCCUCUGACCCCCGAGGGGUGACGUGUGGAGCAGCGACACUCUCCGCAGAGAGGGUCAGCGUGGACGACAGGGAGUAUAAGAAGUACACGGUGGAGUGUCAGGAGGGCAGUGCCUGCCCGGCCGCCGAGGAGAGCCUGCCCAUUGAGAUCGUGGUGGAUGCUGUUCACAAGCUCAAGUAUGAAAACUACACCAGCGGCUUCUUCAUCAGGGACAUCAUCAAACCAGACCCGCCCAAGAACCUGCAGCUGAAGCCAUUAAAGAAUUCUCGGCAGGUGGAGGUCAGCUGGGAGUACCCCGAGACCUGGAGCACCCCACAUUCCUACUUCUCCCUGACAUUCUCUAUUCAGGUCCAGGGCAAGAACAAGAAGGAAAGGAAAGACAGACUCUUCAUGGAUGAGACUUCAGCCACAGUCACAUGCCACAAGGAUGGCCAGAUCCGUGUCCAAGCCAGGGACCGCUACUACAGCUCAUCCUGGAGCGAAUGGGCAUCCGUAUCCUGCAGUUAGGGAUGCAGACUCAGGCAGCCCAGGCCAGACCUGAACACUCAGUGUACCCAGGU